AUGGUAGCCUUAUCACCACACCUUCUUCCUCACCUCAUUUCCAUUUCAUCGAACACCUCACUGGCGUGCCAUGAGCUCCACCGACCUGAGCACGUCCACCUUCGUGUCCGCCUGCCGAACCCGCUCCUUGAGCUCCAGCUGUGCCUCCGCAUCCUCACCCGCCGCGCAGACCGCCUGCACGCGCCAGCUCCAACCCCGGAUCUCGCCGCAGGCGUGGCAAUGGCAGCCCCGGACUCGCCGCGGGGGGCAAUGGCCUUGUCGGCGUUCCUGCCCGAGUUGGGCACGCAGGUGGUGGUGCCCGUCGCGGCUAUCGUCGGUAUCGCGUUUGCGGUGCUGCAGCGGGUUCGGCAGUACGUCGGCCGCAACAGGGAGGUCUACGCGUUCCGCCGCAGGUUCGCGUUCCACGAGGCCGGGGCCCGCGGCAAGAAGACGGUGUGGAGGAUGAAGGAGUUCCGCCUGUCGUGUUCCACCCCGACGCCAAGGGCCUAG